AUCUCUAUCCUAGACAGACAGAAAAACAACAACAAUAACAGAAAACAGAGUGAAAAAUAACGAAAAAUAGAAUCUCCUUCAAAAGAAAGGAAAACAAAACUAAAUUUUUAAGUAGAUAUAUUUUGGAAAAAUGGCCACAAAAGUAGUUGCAACAGCCACAGUAAGAGCACUGAAGGGCCGCAAACUUUUGCCCACUCGAGCCGCUUUGACUCUGACUCCAUCAGCGGUACAGCGUAUCAAGGAUUUGCUUAAAGGACAACCGGAAUAUACUGGCCUCAAAGUUGGUGUACGACAGCGUGGUUGCAAUGGUCUUUCCUAUACUCUAAAUUAUGCCAAAGAAAAGGAUAAGCUGGAUGAGGAAGUGGUCCAAGACGGCGUGCGAGUUUACAUAGACAAAAAAGCCCAACUGUCAUUAUUAGGCACUGAAAUGGACUAUGUUGAAUCAAAACUUGCCAGUGAGUUUGUCUUUAACAAUCCCAAUAUUAAAGGUACAUGCGGCUGCGGCGAAUCGUUUAGCAUAUAAAUUAGUAAAUUUUUAAAGCUUAUCAUGUGUGAUGAUCCUAUAGUUUGUUAUUUUGAAAAGAAAUAUCAAAAAGAAAAAAAAAAACAAAGUAAAAUAAAAAUCUAAAUGUAAGGACACUAGAGAUUUCCAUCUCUCCCAAUUACUCACAAUUGUUGCCUAGAUAAUAGAGCUUUUGCAUAAGUUUUUUUGUUUUGUUUUGUUGUCUAAUUAACUAAAUAGCCUAUGUAGUUCAAUAUUGCUUAAAAUUUCGUAAAUCAUUUAAAUGAAAAUACGAAAAUUAUAAACAAUGCAAAAUAAAAGAAUAAUUGCACCAAAAA